AUGCCUUUGCCAGCUGUGGAAGGGGCGGUGGCUCCAGCGUGCCGCGUCUCACCAGCCGAGCCCGUGGAGGGCAUCCACGCGAGCGACGUCUACAAGGGGUACGAUCUCGCAUACAAGAAGUGCCUUGACAUGCUGACGCCCUUGAAGGCAUGGUCGAUUACGGACUAUAAAGACGUUGACCAGGUCGAGAAGUGCGUCAAGACGGCCAUCUCGGCCAAGCAGCUGGGCCUGGAGGGGCCGCUGGCCAAGCUGGUCGCGGAGGCGUGCGUCAAGGCCAUGCCGCCCAGGCCCAGCAACUUCGACAUCGACAACGUGCGCGUCGCGAAGGUGCACGGCGGAAGCGUGGAGGGCUCCUUCGUCGUGGAGGGCAUGGCCAUCUCGCGCCCCCCGAGCGGCGUGGAGAGCCUCAAGGAGAAGUGCAAGGUGGCGGUGUAUGCGGAGGGCAUCGAAGCGCCGGGCACGGAGACGAAGGGCACCGUGCUGCUGAAUAACGCCGAGGAGUUGACCAGCUUCACGAAGAACGACGAGGCUCGGAUGGACGAGUUCAUCAAGAGCGUCAAGGAUGCCGGCGUCGAGCUGAUCAUCUCGGGGGGCUCGAUUUCUGAGAUCGCGGGCCAUUUUCUGAACAAGUACAAGAUCAUGGCCUUAAGGAUCUCUUCUAAGUUCGAGCUCAGGCGCCUCUGCCGCACGGUGGGCGCUACCGCCAUCAUCCGCAAGGGCCCCCCGCUCCCCGAGGAGCUGGGCUACGUUGAGAGCGCGAAGGUGGAAGAGAUAGCCUCGCAGAAGCUGACCAUCCUCAGGACGCGGGACUCGAAGAUCGCCACCAUCGUGCUGCGCAGCGCCAGCCCCAACGUCCUG